AAAAAAAAAAAAAAGGGAGUAACGCCAUUCUCGAAGAGUUCAAGAAGGAUUAGCGGGAUACCAAGCGACAAACAAGACACGGGCAGAAAGCAAGACCGAGAAGGAGAAGCCGAAGAAAGAAAGAAAGAGAAACCCUCCUAAGCUCAUCUGCUCAUCUCGAUUUUCUGUUGCUGAUAGAAGAUUUGGCAGUAUGUCUUGGUGCACGAUUGAGUCCGACCCAGGGGUGUUUACAGAACUUAUACAGCAGAUGCAAGUAAAAGGUGUGCAGGUCGAGGAGUUGUAUUCCCUAGACCUUGAUUCCCUAAAUAAUCUAAGGCCCGUUUAUGGUUUGAUUUUCCUAUUCAAAUGGCGGCCGGGGGAAAAGGAUGACCGCCUUGUGAUGAAGGAUCCAAAUCCUAACUUGUAUUUUGCAAGUCAGGUUAUCAAUAAUGCUUGUGCCACUCAAGCGAUCUUGUCCAUCCUUAUGAACUCUCCGGAUGUUGAUAUUGGCCCCGAACUAUCGAAACUGAAAGAGUUCUCAAAGAAUUUUCCGCCCGAGCUCAAAGGGUUAGCAAUAAAUAACAGCGAAUCAAUACGAACUGCCCACAAUAGCUUUGCGAGGCCUGAGCCUUUUGUUCCUGAGGAGCAGAAGGCUGCUGGCAAAGACGACGACGUGUACCACUUCAUAAGCUAUAUUUCUGUUGACGGUGUACUUUAUGAGCUUGAUGGGUUAAAGGAGGGACCCAUUAGCCUCGGACAGUGCACUGGCGGGCAAGGCGACAUGGAUUGGCUGCAGUUGGUGCAACCAGUAAUCCAGGAACGGAUAGAAAGGUAUGCCAAAAGCGAAAUAAGGUUCAAUCUUAUGGCAAUCAUCAAGAACAGGAAAGAGAUGUACACAGCUGAGCUCAAGGAGCUCCAAAAGAGGAGGGAGCGUAUUCUGCAGCAGAUAAACACCUUACAAUCAGAGAGACCGGUCGACAUUAGCAAAUUUGAAGCACUAAACAAAUCUCUUUCGGAAGUGAAUUCAGGGAUUGAGGCUGCCACCGAGAAGAUUUUGAUCGAGGAGGAAAAAUUCAAGAAAUGGAGAACCGAAAACAUUCGCCGGAAACACAAUUACAUUCCCUUUUUGUUUAACUUUCUCAAGAUUCUUGCUGAGAAGAAGCAGUUGAAGCCCCUUAUUGAGAAAGCAAAGCAGAAGAAAGGAGGAACUCUGUGAAAGAAUGGUGGUUGGUAACUGUAAAAGCGACUUGCGGAUUCCUAAUUUAAUAUACCAAAUUUGAAUGGGUUUAAAUUAUAA